UGAUCACGCAUGCGCAGGUCGACGCUUUGCCAAGGCAACUCAAAGCCGCUGCUGUAACCGUCCAGAUACCUUGUAACUUCACCUCACAACAAUAACAACAUAGCUGGAAAACACAGACACAGUUCUCGCAAACACCUGCAGAAUUUUAACCAACAGAACAAUGCCACUACAUUUCAAGGGCAUCAGUGAGUACAAGAAGAAAUUUAAAGACCGAGUCGCUACCCGCUCCAGAAGCGCCUCUCCGCAGCGACGGAUGCGCUUAGCUGGACUUCGAUCUGACCAGAUGGGUAUCAGUCGAGAGCCUCAGUUUCUGUCCAAAAGGAAGGUGCCCUCCUCCCACACGCCCCAGGUGUCCAGCUCCUUCCAAUGGAACCCCACCACCACAGAGCCCCCACAGAGACGAGAUGAGACCCCCAGACCUGGUACCUCUCCCCUGGCUCCUACCCCAGAGAGAGUCCACACCCCUCUGGCCCCUAGGGGUCCCCCUCCUCCAGGGGACCCCCAACGAGGCCCGACCACUCUCCAGGGCCAGACCCACACCCGGAGCCCCCUGGCUACUGUAGAGAGACAGGACCAAGCUUUCAACGGGGUCGACUACGUGUUGAGGAGGAAGGCAGGGCUGAAGUCGUCUGGACAGAGGACCGGACUACUGAACUCGGAGUACAGGAAACAGUUUCCGUGGAAGACACCUGUAGCUGGCCACGCCUCCCCACUGCUGGCUGCAGAGCAGAUGCUGUACACCAGCCACCGUUCCAUCCCUCCUUUCAAGUCUAACCCGGUGGUGGUGUUGGAGAGCGAGUACAGCAGGAACUUUAAAGCCUCUCCUCCUCCCAGAGGACCACGGCUACGCAGCGACGUAGACCAGGUGCCUCCGUUCCAGAGAGAGAACGUUUCACCCGAGAAAGCAUCAAAGAGGGAAGAGAGAGAGAGAAAGAGGGAAGAGCGGAAGAAGAAGAGGGAAGAGGGAGAGAGAAAGUCCAGCAUCGUGGAGGAGAAUAUUCCAGUUCCACAGCCUCGGGAGCAGCUGGCGGACCAGGAAGUGAAGUCACAGAGCCCCCAGAAGGCACAUCUUCCCCACAGAAAGGUGAAAUCAGAGUAUAAUGCCAACUUCCGCUCUCCACUGAACUACAUGUACAAGGACGGCGCCUGGGUCAAGGCUUCCACAGUAGGAGAGGAGGGGCGUGACAGUCAGCAUAGUCACGUUUGGUAUCACGAGGUGCGAGAGCUUCGUAAGAAGGCGGAGGCCUACAGACAGAGGGCGUGGGGGACCCAUUUCUCCCGCCUCCACCUCAACCAGAUCCUGUCGGACCAGAACCAGCUGUGGGAUGCCUCCACCCCUUCCUCCUCUAACCUCAGCUCUGGGACAGGUUCCGGGGACGGGGAGGAAGACAGGAGUCCUACCCCCCAGGCUCUGGAUCUCGCUAGGGUUGACAGUAGCUCCAGCUCCGUAGCCGGACCCCCUCCCCUCACCCCCGUGUCCAGUAGAAGGAGCUCCACUCGGGGGGCUGGGGACACAGCAGGCCCCCCUGGUCACCUUAACCCUUUAGCCCCUAACCUACCUAUUCAGAGGAGACUAGCCUGGGAGGAGGAGACAGGGGCUGGGGGUGGAACAGGGGAGGAGAGAGAGGAAGAAGAGGACAAGGAGAAAAAGGAUGAGAGAAAGGAUGAGAGAAAGGAUGAACUGAGGGUGCUGGACCAUCGUUCGUCGUCUGUAGCAGGCUCCCACAGGUCCAGAGAGGGUGGCAGGAUGCCCACACCCACACUGCAAAGGAUCGCUACUGUUCAGAGAACUCACCACGACCUGACGACUCCAGCCACUGGAGGUGCUAUCCUGGUGUCUCCUCCUAAGAUGGAGGCUAACGGCUGGGCGAAGAGAAGUGAACCUCCGUUGGGUAAAAGCCGUCCCCCAUUUAAACGCCUCUCUCUGGCCUCGCCACGACGAGCAGCCAGACAGAAUGAGGAGCGGAAUAGGCCCCAGUCCUCUCCUGCAGCAGGGGUGACUACUGUGGACCCCCUCCCCCUGAGAGAGGACUCCUGGUCGGGGGAGACCUCUCCGGAGAACCCCCCUGAUCCUCCACCGGGGGCCAAAGCCUCCCGUAAACGCACUACCAGCGGACAACCCGACGCCGCCGUCCCGGCACCUGUUAACCGCAUCCAGGGGACGCUCAGAGACCCAGAGUUCCAACAUAACGGUAAUUUAGGCCUGAGGACGUCUGAGCUGCUGCUGUGUCCUGGUGGUGGCUGUGGAACUGAUGAUGAAGAUGACAGGAUGUCCCAGAUCUCAUCCAGGUCAGCAGCGUCCUGCUCUAUGGCCUCCCAGGUCCUGGACCGAGCCCAGAGGAGGAAGGACCACUUCUGGGGGAAGAGAUAACAGGAAGCACUGCCCUCCCCCUCACAGUGCAUUCCAAAUGGAACACUAUUCCCUAUGUAGUGCACUACUGUUAAGAGGAGGAAGGAUGACUUCUGGGGGAAGAGAUAACAGGAAGCACUGACCCCCCCCCCCCCCACAAUGCACACCAGACUACUAGACUGAAUCUGGGUUUAUAUAACCAGAGUGUCCAGACUACUAGACUGAAUCUGGGUUUAUAUAACCAGAGUGUCUAGACUACUAGACUGAAUCUGGGUGUAUAUAACCAGAGUGUCCAGACUACUAGACUGAAUCUGGGUGUAUAUAACCAGAGUGUCCAGACUACUAGGUUGAAUCUGGGUGUAUAUAACCAGAGUGUCCAGACUACUAGACUGAAUCUGGGUUUAUAUAACCAGAGUGUCCAGACUACUAGACUGAAUCUGGGUGUAUAUAACCAGACUACUAGACUGAAUCUGGGUUUAUAUAACCAGAGUGUCCAGACUACUAGACUGAAUCUGGGUUUAUAUGACCAGACUUCUAGACUGAAUCUGGGUUUAUAUAACCAGAGUGUCUAGACUACUAGACUGAAUCUGGGUUUAUAUAACCAGAGUGUCCAGACUACUAGGUUGAAUCUGGGUGUAUAUAACCAGAGUGUCCAGACUACUAGACUGAAUCUGGGUUUAUAUAACCAGAGUGUCCAGACUACUAGACUGAAUCUGGGUUUAUAUAACCAGAGUGUCCAGACUACUAGACUGAAUCUGGGUUUAUAUAACCAGAGUGUCCAGACUACUAGGUUGAAUCUGGGUUUAUAUAACCAGAGUGUCCAGACUACUAGACUGAAUCUGGGUUUAUAUAACCAGAGUGUCCAGACUACUAGGUUGAAUCUGGGUGUAUAUAACCAGAGUGUCCAGACUACUAGACUGAAUCUGGGUGUAUAUAACCAGACUACUAGGUUGAAUCUGGGUGUAUAUAACCAGACUACUAGGUUGAAUCUGGGUGUAUAUAACCAGACUACUAGGUUGAAUCUGGGUGUAUAUAACCAGAGUGUCCAGACUACUAGACUGAAUCUGGGUUUAUAUAACCAGAGUGUCCAGACUACUAGGUUGAAUCUGGGUGUAUAUAACCAGACUACUAGGUUGAAUCUGGGUUUAUAUAACCAGUGUCCAGACUACUAGACUGAAUCUGGGUGUAUAUAACCAGACUACUAGGUUGAAUCUGGGUUUAUAUAACCAGUGUCCAGACUACUAGACUGAAUCUGGGUGUAUAUAACCAGACUACUAGGUUGAAUCUGGGUUUAUAUAACCAGAGUGUCCAGACUACUAGGUUGAAUCUGGGUGUAUAUAACUAGAGUGUCUGGGAUACCCUCCCUAUUUGUAUGAAUUUAGUUCAGAUGUUUUGUAAUAAUGUAUUGAAUGAAGUGUAAAGAACUAGGUUUGUAUUUAUUUUAAAUUAUUUUGUUUUAUUAUAUGGAGAACCACUUUUUUAUUGUAAUUUAUAUUUUUACUGUAUUAUCGAUAACUUAUCUUUGUACUGUAUUAUCGAUAACUUAUCUUUUUACUGUAUUAUCGAUAACUUAUCUUUGUACUGUAUUAUCGCUAACUUAUCUUUGUACUGUAUUAUCGAUAACUUAUCUUUUUACUGUAUUAUCGAUAACUUAUCUUUGUACUGUAUUAUCGAUAACUUAUCUUUGUACUGUAUUAUCGAUAACUUAUCUUUGUACUGUAUUAUCGAUAACUUAUCUUUUUACUGUAUUAUCGAUUCUGCAUUGUUCAUAUAUUUCUUGAUACACUAUCCUUGUUGGAAAGUGAAUUAUGCACUACUACUGCUACUACGAAUCAACAUUGAUGCAAUUGAAACAUGUUGUAUAGGUUUGUAUAAGAGAUAUACACUGUGUGUUUGGAUACAACAACUGUUGAGAGGAAAUAUUAAAUAAAUGUUGGAACAAUC